AUGCAACCAUAUUGGGAAUAUUGUGCUAAAUUAAUACCUAAUAAUGUAGCACCUAAUACGGUAACAUUAUUAGGUUUUUUAGGAGUAAUAUUAGGAUGGAUAAUAUUAAUAUAUUAUAAUAUAAAUUUAGAAAAUCAAGUACCAUCAAUUGUAUAUUUAUUAAAUGGAAUAUUUUUAUUUUAUUAUCAAACAAUGGAUGCUAUAGAUGGUAAACAUGCACGUAAUACUAAAAAUAGUAGUGCAUUAGGAGAAUUAUUUGAUCAUGGAUUAGAUGCUUUAAUUGGAUAUUUUCAAUGUAUUAUACUUGUUAGUUCAUGUGAUUUAGGUAAUUCAUAUUAUUCUAUAAUUGUUAUUAUUUUAUAUUACAUGACAAGUAUGAUGAUGAUUUGGGAAGAUUAUGUUACAGAUGAAAUGAGAUUUGGUAAAUUUAAUUCUCCAACUGAAGCUAUCAUGUUUGCUAUUUUUAUUUUAUUUUAUACUUUUAUAAUGGGUCAAUCUUCAUGGUCAACUGUUGUUUUUACUAUUUAUAGAAAUGAUAAUAAUAUUAUUUAUUAUUAUUUAUUUAAAUUAUUUACAAAUAAUAAUAAUACUGAUAAUAUAACUAAUACAAUUAUUAAUAAUAAUAAUAUAUUAAAUAUUCAAUUUAAUUAUUUAAUAAUUACAAUUGCAACAUUAUUAGGAGCAUCAAUUAUAAUUAAUAAUAUUAAAACAGUUUUAAAAUUUGCAUCACAUUCAACACGUAAAAGAUCACAUAGAACAAUAUUAAUAUUUGCUAGAGUUUGUGGAGCAUUAGCACCUUCAUGGUUCAUUAUCAUGUUACCUACUCUAUUAUUAUCAAUUACUUGUUUUAUUUUUAAUGAUAAUUCUAAUAUUAUGAUCAUUUUAAUGCAUUCAUGUUUAUUAUUUAUUAUUACUUGUUAUAUUCAUAUGGCAUAUCAUGUCAUUCAUCAAGUUUGUUCUACUUUAAAUAUUCAUGCUUUUAAAGUUAAACCAAAAAAUAAUUAA